GUCGUGAACCCUCACACCCCACGUUGACCUAUCUCAACUUCCUAUCCAAUAUCUCUGGCGCUGCAAUUUGUGCGCGACAGGCUGGCUCCUCACCCUCCGGAGACACCCUCUACAAUAUUCCGCACUCCCCAUUGUGCAUAUCCGUGAGGGUUUCUUCACCACCAGUCGCGUAGUAUGGAGGCCGCAUCAGCCCGGAUGGCCGACCGACUCGGCAGCUGGGCGCAGCCCGGAACCACGCAGUUACAGCGAUCUAUAUUGGAUGCAUGCGAUCCCCAGAACUUCGAGCCGCACCUAGCUCUGAAUCUUGAGAUAUCGGAUAUGAUCAAUGCGAAAAAGGGCAAUGCGCCUCGAGAGGCAGCAGUCGCGAUUGUUCGGUAUAUCAAUCACCGAAACCCCAACGUCUCGAUGCUAGCACUGAACCUCCUCGACAUCUGCGUGAAGAAUUGCGGAUAUCCUUUCCAUUUGCAGAUCUCCACGAAAGACUUCCUUAAUGAACUAGUCCGAAAAUUCCCGGAGAAACCGCCCGUCCAUCCCUCACGGUCCCAGCAAAAGAUCUUGGAGCUCCUCGAAGAAUGGCGAUCGACGAUUUGCCAAACGUCGCGAUACAAGGAGGAUCUCGGCUUCAUCCGGGACAUGCACCGCCUAUUGAGCUACAAGGGGUAUAUAUUCCCAGAGGUCCGGCGAGAAGAUGCCGCGGUGCUGAAUCCGAGCGACAACUUGCGGUCCGCCGAAGAAAUGGAGGCCGAGGAACGGGCAGCGCAGUCGGCAAAGCUACAGGAACUGAUUCGGAGAGGGACGCCUCAGGAUUUGCAGGAGGCCAAUCGGUUGAUGAAAAUCAUGGCUGGAUAUGACACUCGGAAUAAGACAGAUUAUAGGGCAAAGGCGGCGGAGGAGGUGGUGAAAGUGCAGCAAAAGGCCAAGCUACUCGAGGAUAUGCUCCAGGGCCAUCAGAAUGGGGAUAAAAUUACUGAGGGGGAUGUGUUCGAAGAACUCGCAAAUGCACUCAUGAGUGCCCAUCCGAAGAUCCAGAAGAUGUGUGAGGAAGAGUCGGAUGACCACGAGGCGGUCGCAAAGCUACUAGAGAUCAACGACAGCAUCCACCGGACAAUAGAGCGAUAUCGUCUGGUUAAGAAAGGCGACUUGGACGCUGCCAACAAGAUACCCAGGGGAACAUUGGGAACGAGCGGAGCGGGGGUGAAGAAAGGUCCAGACAAUGAGCUCUCGUUGAUUGAUCUUGGCGGACCGGAAGAGAGCAAUCCGCUGGAAGCUGAGGGUUCGAGUUCGGUUCCCGCACCUCCUCCAAAAGCAGGGAAUGCGUUAGAAGAUGAUCUCCUUGGAUUAUCAAUAGGAGAGAGUGAACCCUUUGGCCAAUCCGGGGGCAUUUCUCUCGGCGUAUCAAACGGUUCUGGCAUGCCAGGACCCUCUACAUCCGAUACUACAUCACAAACAGCAGCGCCCGUCACGAGUCCUCCUCCAUCGUCUCAAUAUCAGCCGCCAAGACCUAACUACGAUCCCUUCGGCCUUUCAGCCCCCUCAGCCCCUAUCCAACCACCAUCCAUUACACCUGCCAUAUCCCAAGCGCACCAACAACCCCUAACCAAACCUGCCGACCCCUUCGCCAUCCUCAACCAACCCUCCCACACCCCCCGCCAAAACUCCCCCUUCCAAUUCCAACAAUCCCUCAAAUCCUCCUCGCCCGCCCCCGUCUCCACCGCCUCCAGCACGCUCCUCGACAUCGCCGGAAGCGCCUCCGCACCCGUCCCUGCACCGAGCACGGCGACCGCCGACGACGAAUGGGAGUUCUCCUCCGCCCUCCCCGACCAAGCGGCCGACAUCACCGUGACCAACAGCUUCCUCAACAUCACCUGGAACGUGCGCCGCGAUCCGUCCGCGCCCGACGUGGUGCUCAUCCAGAGCCGCAUAUCGAACAAUGAGGAUAAAGCGAUAACGGGGUUGACGUUCCAGAUAGCUGUGACGAAGAGCUACACCCUCCAACUCGAGAACCAAACCUCCCGCUCGCUCGCACCGCACCAGCAGAAUGGCAUCACGCAGACGAUCCGGCUGCACGGAGCAAAGCCGGGGCAAGCGGGCACGGUGCGCAUGCGGUGGAAGGUAUCAUGCAACAUUCUGGGCCAGACCAGGGAACAGACGGGCGAAGUGUCGAAUCUUGGGAUUUCAUGAGGAUAGCCACGGCACUCCACUCUUAGCGGGCAAUUAUAGGAUCACCCUGGGACUUGGGGCGGGCGGGACGAGCGUUACGGGAUGCUCCGGGGG